GCUGCACGCGAAGUUAAAUUAGGCAUUAGUAGGAAGGGUUCAGGUUACUGCAGUUGGCUCAAACUUUGUUGCUCUUUUUAAAAAAAGUUCCUUUCCUGCAGUAGUAAGGGGCCGUUUGAAUUGUUGGGAUUCAAGAUAACUUAGUAGAGCGAAGUUGAAGGAAAUUGCUCAAUCAGCAAGAGUUAAGUCCUGUGUAUGUAACCCGCCUCUUCCUGAGUGAGUUUGGAUACCAGAGAAUGUAUAUAACUUGCACAAGUUGCAGAUGUUAUGUCUGCUGAGUUUAUGAAAGAAUUUGUACACAGGAGAGUGGGAAGUUAAAAGUCAGUAUGUUAUUCUGCCGUUUGGACUUGUUGUCAGGGGGCUGGAAAUGAAUAAAGCUUUGUAGUUCACUGAGGACAAAAAUGUAAGCUUGAAUUCUUCCAUGGCAGGGAAAAGCAAUCCACCUUCUACAUUGUUUCAGCAUCUGAGGAGAUCUAACAUGUCAAACUUACACCUAACGAAGAAGGGCAGGGAAGAACAACGGCUAAAUCUGCAUCGAAACUUCACAGUCGCUUCCCCUGCAGAAUUUGUAAUUCGGUUUGGUGGGAACCGGGUUAUUGAAAAGGUUCUGAUUGCCAACAAUGGCAUUGCAGCUGUUAAAUGUAUGCGGUCCAUCCGCAGAUGGUCCUACGAAAUGUUUCGAAACGAAAGAGCAGUUAGGUUUGUUGUCAUGGUUACUCCUGAAGAUCUGAAGGCCAACGCAGAAUACAUCAAAAUGGCAGAUCAGUAUGUACCAGUCUCUGGAGGACCCAACAACAAUAAUUAUGCUAAUGUAGAGCUGAUUGUGGACAUUGCAAAGAGAAUCCCAGUGCAGGCAGUUUGGGCCGGCUGGGGACAUGCCUCUGAGAACCCUAAACUUCCAGAACUCCUUCAGAAAUAUAACAUUGCAUUUCUAGGUCCUUCAAGUCAGGCUAUGUGGGCACUAGGAGAUAAAAUAGCCUCCUCCAUUGUAGCACAGACUGCAGGGAUCCCAACAUUGCCUUGGAGUGGAAACGAUCUGAUUCUUGAAUGGACAGAGGAAGAUCAGAAACUGAAGAAGAUUGUCAGUGUUCCUAAAGAAGUGUACAUGAAUGGCUGUGUACGAGAUGCCACUGAAGGUUUAGAGGCUGCAGAAAAGAUCGGUUAUCCAGUAAUGAUUAAAGCAUCUGAAGGUGGUGGAGGAAAAGGCAUUCGCAAAGUUGAUAGUGCAGAUGAUUUUCCUAACCUCUUCAGACAAGUUCAGACUGAGGUUCCGGGAUCUCCGAUUUUCGUCAUGCAGAUGGCCCAACAUGCACGACACCUUGAGGUGCAGAUCCUGGCAGACCAGUAUGGAAAUGCUAUCUCAUUGUUUGGGAGGGAUUGUUCCAUUCAACGUAGGCAUCAGAAGAUCAUUGAGGAGGCACCUGUUACUAUAGCAACUCAAUCAGUGCUUGAGUAUAUGGAACAGGUAAUAUUUGACUGCAAUAUUUCUUUUAGGAAUAUGGUUCUAGCGCUUAAGGAACUCUCAAUCCGUGGAGACUUUAGAACAACUGUCCAGUAUUUGAUCAAGCUGUUGGAAACAGAGAGCUUUCAGCUUAACACCAUUGAUACUAGCUGGCUUGACCACCUCAUCGCUGAUAAAGUACAGGCAGAGAGACCAGAUACAAUGCUUGGAGUGGUGUGUGGUGCUUUACAUGUGGCAGAUUCAGCCUUUCAAACAAGUAUGACCAACUUCCUACAUUCUCUUGAAAGAGGUCAGGUUCUCCCAGCAAACAGCCUGUUAAAUGCAGUAGAUGUGGAGCUUAUUUAUGAAGAAACUAAAUAUUCCUUGCAGGUGGCCCGUCAGUCAUUGACGCUUUAUGUUGUUAUUAUGAACAACUCGCAUAUUGAGAUUGACGUUCACCGGCUAAGUGAUGGAGGCCUCUUAUUAUCCUAUGAUGGCAAUAGUUACACUACGUACAUGAAAGAGGAGUUAGACAAGUAUUUGAUCACUAUUGGUAACAAGACUUGUGUGUUUGAGAAGGAGAAGGAUCCCACUGUAUUGAGGUCUCCCUCUGCUGGAAAACUACUGCAGUACCUCGUUGAAGAUGGAAGUCAUGUCUUUGCAAAACAUUGCUAUGCAGAGAUUGAGGUGAUGAAGAUGGUGAUGGCUUUGGCUGUUGAAGAAUCAGGAUGUGUACAUUAUGUAAAGAGACCAGGCGCCUGCCUAGAGCAAGGCUGCAUAGUAGCUAAAAUGGAAUUAGAUGACCCCAAGAAAGUUCAUACAGCCCAUUUGCACACAGGAGUCUUUCCACCACAGCAGUCGUCAGCUAUUGUUGGCAAGAAACUCCAUCAGGUCUUUCAUAGUGUGCUAGAGAACCUGGUCAAUGUUAUGAAUGGUUACUGUUUGCCUGAACCCUACUUCAGCACUAAGGUUAAAAGGUGGAUCACAAAACUGAUGACAACUCUGCGAGACCCUUCCCUACCACUUCUUGAGUUGCAAGACAUUAUGACGAAUGUUUCAGGCAGGAUUCCUGCAAGUGUGGAGAAGGCCAUUCGAAAAGUGAUAGCCCAGUAUGCUAGUAACAUCACUUCCGUGCUUACUCAAUUCCCCAGCCAGCAGAUUGCCAACAUCUUGGAUAGCCAUGCAGCCACCCUUCAGCGGAAAGCAGACAGAGAAGUCUUCUUUAUGAACACACAGAGCAUUGUCCAGUUGGUGCAGCGCUAUCGAAGUGGGAUUCGUGGGCACAUGAAAUCAAUUGUCCUUGACCUGCUGAGGCGGUAUCUGAGUGUGGAAACACAGUUUCAGCAAGCUCAUUAUGACAAAUGUGUGAUCAACUUGAGAGAACAGUACAAACCUGAUAUGACACCAGUACUUGACUGCAUCUUCUCUCAUGCACAGGUGGCCAAGAAAAACAUCCUGGUUAUCAUGUUAAUUGAUCAGCUUUGUUUGCGAGAUCCCACAUUGACAGAAGAGCUGAUGGUAAUUUUAAAUGAACUAACACAACUCAGCAAAAUGGAGAACUCUAAGGUGGCACUACGAUCCAGGCAGGUUUUGAUUGCAUCACACCUGCCCUCCUAUGAACUACGGCAUAAUCAAGUGGAGUCCCUCUUCCUGUCUGCUAUUGAUAUGUACGGCCACCAGUUCUGUCCUGACAAUCUAAAAAAACUGAUCCUCUCAGAGACCUCCAUUUUUGAUGUUCUGCCCAGCUUCUUCUAUCAUGUCAAUCAGGUUGUACGGAUGGCAGCUCUUGAGGUAUAUGUGCGGAGAGCAUACAUUGCCUAUGAACUCAACAGCGUACAACACCAUCAACUGCGUAAUGACAUUUGUGUGGUGGAUUUCCAGUUCUUACUUCCUUCAUCUCACCCAAACAGGAUGUGUGUUCCAACCAGCACAGUCCACUACGAGCUGAAUCGACAAAGCAAUGACCUCUUCAUAACUAGCAUGCCAUCUUCUAUAUGUCAGCGAAUGGGACUCAUGGUUGCAUUUGAAGCAUUUGAAGAUUUAGUUAAAAACUUUGAAGAAAUGAUUGCCUGCUUUGCUGACCCAUUUCUGGACAGUCCACUAUUUUCUGAAACGAGAUCCACCUUCUUUGACCAAACAGAUAUUAAGGUGAGUUAUGAUCCCCUAGCUUUAUUUGAUUUGGUUUAA